CUUGCCUUUUCUGUCCCCAAGCUCCUCGAUCAGCCGUCAAAUUAAUACAGCGCGGUGUCACAAAGCUUUAGAGAGACCACUCGUCCAUCGCUACCGCAGCAAGAAGCGCUACAAGACCAGCUCACAGACAGGGGACAUGGGGAACACAUUUGGCUGUGCCCAGUGCGCGGGCGACGGAGAAGCUCCCGCGAACGCCGCGCCGACGCCGACGAGGAGGCCGCCCCCAAGGAGCAUGAAUUUGCCGACGCCGCCCGUCGUCCGGAGACCUCGCGGCGGCGGCGGCGGCACGUCGGCGCUGAUGCCGCCCACGAGCCACCUGCAGUCGAACGACGCCGCCACGACACCGCCACGGACGCCGCCGCCGAGCACCCCCGAGCCGAAGCAGAAGCUCCUCUUAAAACGAGUGGGUUCGCCCGGGUCGCUGCGAGCGCUCCUGCGCGCCGACGCGGCGGCGCGGCGGCGCGCGCUCGGCCCCGACAACGCCGUCGAGGCGCCGGCGGGUUGCGAGGAGGAUCUCUGGAUCGACAUUCAUGUGGUGGAAGCGUUCAACGACCUGCACGCGCUGUGGGAGCAGGUCGGGCUGGACGAGAAGUGCCGGGCGAAGCUCGGCGCCAACCCGCCGACCGCCGGCGACCGCACGUACGCCUGGGACCCGGACUCGGACGACGACGACACGAUCAUGGCCUGGGAUUUGCCUGCGGCGGACUACGUCGCGCGAACGUUCGAGUCGUUUACGAGAGCGAUUCGCGACCGGGCCGUGUUUCCGGAGCCAGAUGGAGGAGCGUUCCCUGCGGGGUUCCGGCCGGGCGCGCGGAAGGCCUGCGGCCGGCUCCUGCGGUGCUGGAUGCACCUCUACCACAACCACUUCUCGGCCGUGGCGGAGGCGGGCCGCGCGGACGGUGCGAACGCGUGCUUCAAGCGCUUCCUGACGAUCGCGCUGCGCUACGAGUUGGUGGACCGGGCCGAGCUGGCGCCGAUCGAGGACCUCGCGCAAAGCCUCCUGGCGCCGCGGAGGACUGUGGACGCCAAGGCCCUCGCGGGCGAGGAGGGGUGACGGUGCU